GGUUGCGGUGGUUGUGGUGAUGUUGAGCUGAGCGUCGCGGCGUCCUCUGCUGGCCUCCGCGGGUACUCCACCAACCGCUCCCCUGCUAUACUCCAGACUCUGACUCCCCGGCUCUCAUUCAUGAGAGGAAGAUGGCGGACUGCGCUUCACUAUUAGAUGAGGAACUCUCUUCCUUUGUCUUCAAUUACUUGACAGAAAACUCUGACAGUCAGUAUGGGGAGGAGGAGGUGUGUUCGGACCGGUUGGACUCAGACUUCCCAGAUAUCGAUCUGUCCCAGCUGGAUGCCAGUGACUUUGACAGCGUCAACUGUCUCAGCGAGCUGCACUGGUGCAACGACCACGCCACCGGAGCAUCCCCGGCCUCCGCGCGCUACAGCACGACCGACGAGCUCUUUGAGAUAGAAGAGGAGAACGCGGCCCUGCUCGCCGCGUUGACGGACAGCCUGGAUGGCAUGGUGGACGCUGAGGUGGGGGGGCUCUCUGUCUUCCAAACCCUGGGGGAGGGGCCUAACCAGGAGGAGGAAGACGACGAUGCCGUCCUUCCUCUCAACACCGGGGACUUCAGCCAAUCGCUUGGAACGGAGACGGAAGACCCCUCGCUGUUGAAGAAGCUGUUGCUGACCCCCCCUAACGUGCCUACCGGCGCCGACACACACAGCGCCAACGGGCAUCGCCACGGCAACAGAGGCCUCCACCCGCGGACGACGCGGAUCCAAGCCAAGAGCGAGGCAGGCGCGAGGCUCCAGGACAGGAAGCCGCGUGCCGCGCGGCCCUCGGGCCGUCUGUGCACGGAGCUCCACCGCCACCUGACCACCGGCCGCGGCCACGCCGCCGACAGCGAGGAGGACGAAGGGGACGAGGAGGAGGACGAGGAGGAGGACGAGGAGGAGGAGGAGAGCGAGUCCGAGGAGGGCGAGGAGGACGAGUCGUCGGGGAGCGACGGCGAGGGCGUGGCCGCAGCCCCCCCCCCCGCCGCGCCCCCCGAGGCCCAGUUCAGCUCGGAGAAGGAGCUCCACUCGGUGGUGGAGCUCAUACGCUACAUGCACACCUACUGCCUGCCCGCGCGCAAGCAGCACGCCUGGGACCGCAAGGAGCGCGAGGCCCCGGCCCCGGCGCCGGCGCGCAGCCGGGGCCCCCGGCCCGAGGCCCCGCGGGCCCCCGCGCAGAACGCUCACAGCAGAGCGGCGGCAGUGGGGCCCCCCGCCGCCGCCGCCGCGGGAGGAGGGGGAGGGGGAGGGGGUGGGGCAGGACCCCCCGCCCCCCGCAGACCGGCCUUCUCCCGGCGCCGGGAGCCCAAGGCGGACUCCCUCCUGCGGGCCAUCCUGGAGCGCAGCGCCUCCUUCGACGUGAGCCAGCCUUACAGACUGCACAGCCCCCCCUACGCCCCCGGGCCGGCCGCCGCCCCCGCCCACCAGCACAGCUCCUCCUCCUCCUCCCCGCUCAGCCGGACCGGCCCCGCCCCCUCCUCUCCGGAGGGGCGGCGGCGGCCGGGGGCGGGGCCGGAGGAGGAGGAAGAGGAGGAGGAGGAGGAGGGCGGGUCGUUCUCGGUGCGGCGCUCCCGACGCCUCGCCUCUUUCCCGAGCCGCUUCGCCAAGAGGCUGCGGCCCGGGCACCGCCGCCGGCCCUGGGGCGAGGAGCAGGACGAGAGGAGGGCCCGCGUCAAGGGGGGGGGAGGAGCCGGGGCCAGGGCGGAGAGGCCCCGAGAGGGACACGGGGGUCUGACGGCGGCCAGGAAGACCUGCUGCCACCAUGAGAAUCAGGCGUGUCUGUGUCUACCGCUGCAACCUAAAGCCACUGGAGAGUUCAGCAGUAAGUCCUUUGAGCAGACGCUCGCGGUGGAUCUAUGCGGUACUGCAGGCCUGACUCCGCCCACCACCCCCCCUCACAAGCCGGUGGAGGACGAGCUCUUCAAGCCCGCGGAGGGAGUCGGGGGCAGCGGGGGGGACUCCCCCACCACCUCCACCUCCUCCACCACCUCCACCACCACCUCCGGGCCCGGGGCCCCCAUCCGGGGCCCCUCCUCCUGGCUCCCGCGGGGCCCGCACGCCCGGAAGCUCCCCGAGCAGACGGAGCUCUACGCCCAGCUGCGGCGCGAGGGCCCCGACGGCGAGGGCCCCGGGGAGGCCGAGGGGGGCGUGGCCGGGGUCCGCCGUCCCUACGGCGACCACGACUACUGCGCCCUGACUCUGGGGGAGAGCCGCAAGCGCAGCGCCGCCCUGCUGGGCGCCAUACUGCGGGCGCGGGACGGACCACAGCGGGUGGGGGGGGAGGAGGAGGAGGAGGACGAGGAGGAGGUGGGGGGAGGAGGAGGAGGAGGAGGAAGGGCAUCAGGGAAACUUCAGGAAGAGCAGCAGCAGACGGCGGUGAUGUCCCACCGCCAGACGCACGCGGCCACGCCGCCGGCGUCUGAGGAAGAGGAGGGCGAGCGCUCCUCUUCCUCCCGCUCGCCCUCCCCCGCGAUGGACUCCUCCCCCGGCUCCCCCGCAAGCAAGAUGGACGCCAGUGAGGUGAUGGAAGGCUGUCCUGCAGACAGACAGAGGAACAAAGCCAAACCAGACGAGGACAACUGCCAGGUGUUCUACAUCCACAACCUGCCCAGCAGCGUCACGCACAACAUGCUGCGCAAACGCUUCCAGGUCUUCGGCUCCGCACAGGACUGCAAGGUCAUCAUCCGCAACGAAGAGCGUUGUGGGGUGAUUAAGAUUCGCCAGGGAAGCUCGGAGAGACAACGGAGAGAGGGGGAGGCUGCUUUCCAGAGCCGAGCCAACGGUCUGCCGAGACUAAGCAGAAAGCGCUACAUCGACCUGGACGAAGCCGGCCCGGGCCCCGUGAAGAGCAAGUACGACGCUCUGGACUUUGACACCCUCCUAAAGGAGGCGCAGAAGUCUUUGCACCGCUGACGGGCCUCCCGACCUCUGACCCCCCCCCCCCCAGACCGAUCCCCUCCUCACGGCUGGCCUUAGUGACCCCCGACCCCUCCAGCCCUGCUGCCUCGACACCGGGCCCGCACGCUCCUCCGUCGAAGGCACCCUCGCAAAAGUUGUUUACAUUUUUAACAUUGGAAUAAAAAGACGAGAGAGACCUAGUUUAGAACUUUUCUUUACUUUCCCGCCGGAGGACAGCGUUUAAAAAUACGAACGUCAGAAGCCAUGGAGAAUUAAGGAGCAAAAAUGAUACGAUGGAAGAGGUUUGAUUUUUGAGAAAAAAAAGCAAUGGUACAACUUCUACUGCUACUACUACUAAACUACUACUACUACUACUACUACUACUGCAACAACGGCAGACACUUUUUUUCCUGUCGUUGUGCGACGGUCGACGACAAAGCUGCUUCCUGUUGUCUGUGUUGGUGACUUCAUCACCCCGCGCCAAAGAAGGUUGGCGGGGCGAGAACCUUUGUGUGGCGUAAAUACCUUGCUAUUCCCGCGUCGCGUCUUGUUGGUCACGUUGGUCUUCGUGGUUUGUGUGCGUGUGUGUGUCCUCACGUGUGUUUUAUUUUUUUCGUAAAAAACACACUCUCUGGUCACGCCUGGUGAGACCGCGAGCUGUGUUUUGCCUCAAAGUAGUGACGUUGUGGAGAAAAAAACAACUUUGUUUUAGCAAAAGGAAAAAAAUUAUCGAUGUUUUCAAAAAUUUAAACGAAAAAGAUUUAUAACUGUGUGUGUGUGUGUGUGCGUGUGUGUGUGUUACGGACAAUGAAAAUUCUGAAAUCAACAAAAAAAACAUUUGACUUUAAACGGUUUACACAUCGAAAACGAAGAAGAAAAAAAAUCAUCUUUUUUUAUUUUUUGUAACUGUAGUGCUUCCUUGAUUUGAUCUAUGCACUGUACGGAGGUAGAAGUUUCUGCUGUCCUCUGACGAACCCUUUCCUUCUUGUCUGCAAACGCAACCCUCAAAAUGGCUUCUUCUACUGGCUCUGGUAUCAGGUUGCAUACAGCGGACUCUACUAGGUGCAUGCGGUGUGCACAGAAGGCCCAGAAGUUUUGUCAAAUAGCACUUAUUUUACCAAGGUCUGUAAAUAGUUAGACCGUCGAUGUCAAACAUGUUAAGACGUUGUUGUUUUUUUCUUUCUUUAUUGUAUUUGCCAAACUGCCAUUCCCUUUCAAUGCUGUCAAAAAUAUCCCCCAAACACAUCUGUCACUUACAAUCAGAAUACAUUGAAUACUAAAGGACUUCUAUAGAAAUUAUAAAUAUAUAUAUUAAUAUAUAAAUUAAUCAGUUUACUAUAACAAUGUCCAUUUCCCUCACCUGAUGGCUGGUCUUUGAUGCACCUUUUGGUUUUGGUAGAGUCUGACGUACACACACACACCUGAUACCGCCAGUAGACGUUGACCAUGGGAGGGGGGGGGGAGAGAACCCAGGAGAGAGAGCCAUGUGUUGGAUAACAACACCAAAGGGUUCUGGGUGAGAAUCGUGACCUUGUCGUGACCUUGUUGUCCAAGAGGUAUUGUGUCAGCUGAGUUUCUCUACCUCACGUUCAUCUCCACCAUCUCCACCUCCGUUCCUCUCCUCCAUGUCUAAUCCCGUUCCAUUUAUUUGUCCUGUACUCCAAUACCCCCUCCCCAACGCUCUGGUUCUUCCUGUAAGUUUCCGGAAAAUGCUUUUGCUUUUCCAUGUUUUUUGUUUGACCAAGGUACAAGGACUGAAACCCAUGUUGAUGUUAUAUAGCCACUUAAUGAAGGGGCCUUUCUCUCUUUCUCUCUAUUCCCUUUCUUUCUCUCUCUCUCUCUCUCUCUCUCUCUCUCUCUCUCUCUCUCUCUCUCUCUCUCUCUCUCUCUCUCUCUCUCUCUCUCUCUCUCUCUCUCUCCCCCUCCUCUUUGGCCUCAUCGUUAAUGGUUUUCUGUGGCUAGCAUGUGCGUAUCUAUCCUGAGUGUUGUGUGUCUUGUGCGUAUCAGAGUUAGAGCUGCAUCUGUUCCCAGGCCUCCCAAUUCAUCCACACCCCAUCUCCAUGUUAUCGUGUUCAGGGAUCCCUGCGUCCCUCGACAGCACAGCCCAACUCUAUCUAUCCACCUAUCUAGCAAUCUAUAUCCAUCUAUCUAUUCACCGACUGUACCUUUUCCCAAGUAUGUCACCGUUGGCGUAACAGACACCCACCCACUUUGUGUACAAGUUGUCCCCCUGCCCCCACCACCACCCCCACCAUGCCACCCUUCUAUCUAAUCAACCCCUCGGUAACACACACGAAAAAUUGAAUGUUUACAUCUCUCGAUUCUCGUUAGACUUUCUUAGAGACACACACUAAGUACAAAGAUGCCUUAUUCAGGACGCGACAUGUAGGCUGAUUUCUCAAAAAACGAAACAAAUUAAAAUAUUACAAAUUGGUUGAAUUACGAAUUGAUUGGAAAACACCCAAAGUGAAAGUCGUUUCGCAAUUAAAAGUAAUUGACAUGGAUCAGUUCUACCAGAAUGGGUAUUUGUGCUUAGUUUGUACACUGCUAAAAGAGUGAAGAGAGGAUACGCUGGUUUACAUAUUAAAAAAGAAACAAUAUAUUAUAAUAUAUAAAUAUAUAUAAUGUGUAUAUAGCACUAUGCCUCAUUGUAAACAUUUAAAAAGAUGUAAGUGUGUUUUUUUAAAGGCGGCGGGUUAGGAUUGUUGAUUAUCAGGAAACUUUGGACUUGCGCUAGGAAGUUAGAAGGAGUUCAAUACAGGAAGGAAUUUAAGGGAAAAGGUUUUUGUUUUCACAAUAAAAGUCCACAAUAUUUGGGAAAGCAUGAGAGGCGAGAGGAGUUUCCCUUUAGACUGUUGUACUAGAAAGUUAUUUUUCUUUGCCCAUUUUUGAAACGAUAUCGGUUUGUCCGUUUAUUUUUUUCUUUAAAAAAAAAUCAAUUGAUGCAAUAGCUACUAAUCGUAUCUAAUUAACAGCUUUUACAGAUAAAGGUAAUAAUGUACAGUGUGGUGUAUGGUAGUUGAAAUACAACUUUGGGCAAACCUUGAACUGCAAAUUCUCUAGGCUACUCUGGUUAGAAGGCUGUUAAACAUACGAAAAAAAUCCAAAAAAGAAAAGUACCGGACGAAUGUUAAUGGUUACGACAUUUAGACGAUACACCUGUACAACAUGUAUGACUAUACUCUUGCACAAAAGAAAAACGCCCCAGGUAGUGAAGCAUUUGUUCACAAUAUAUAUAUUGUUUUUCAUUGAAGGGAAACUUGUAACUAGAUUAUUGCCACAUUUUGAUGGUGCACAGGUCUGUUCAAAGUCUAAUUUAGUUGUGUCAGAGACAAUGGUAAAUAUGGUAACUCACGUCUACACGUAUGACUGCUAUUGGAACACGAGAGGAAGAAAAAAAAAAAAAGGAUAUUAAUUGUAGAUGUUAUAGUGUUAUGGUUAACUACAGCCCCUGCUGAAGGUAAGAGUCUUACUCGGUACAGUGAUGGCCAUUUUAGAAGACCCCUCUCUCUUCAUUGGUGGAUUUAAUUAUUUCGGCUCCUCUCCAAAUGUAAGUUCCAUUUUAGAGCUAGCUAGGAUUCUAAAAUCAAAGCACUGGCUGUCAUUGGCCACGGGAACAAUCUGUGUGUGUGUUUUGUGUUUUUGAUGAAGAGGGGACUUCUAGGGUGGAUCCUGCUCUGCUCCUUCUCUGAACGGUGCAUUUAUUGUGCUGGAGGUGAAGACAUUUUAACAUCUUCACUCUCAUGACAAGCCUUAAAACUCAACUGGUGGGGUGCAACGACUCCAAUUCCAACUCCUGUCCAAAUCAAAUCUGGUUUUCUUGUUCCUCAGUAAUGACUGACGUUUUUUUUGUUUUCAAUACAGCCAUAAUAUAAAAUGAAGCUAUAUACAUAUAUAUGAAUAUAUAUAUAUAUAUAUUUAUGUGUUGGUGUAGAUAUCUAGAUGAUUAUAUACUUUCUUAUAGAAAAUCUUUGAUGUUGACCAUUUUUCCUGCGUGUCAUGAGAACACGUCGACACAUUUAAAAAUGGCUGCCAUCCCGGUUUGGGAGCCACUGGCACCUGAACCCAAAAAUAUUCUCCUUCCACAGGGAGUCCUCUUCCAAUGCAAUACAUUUUAUUUCCACUUCUCAGUUAUGGUUAAUGUUGAGAGAGAGAAAAAAGAAAAAUGUUUGUGGCAAGUUGACCAAAAAUAAACAAAUAAAUACAUCCACAGUAAUAAAACAAAGACAACAAAAAAAACGUUUGUCAACAGCUUUCUUUGUUCACAUGUUUGCUGGCUUUGUUUUUAAAAGAUGCCACCAGAAUGUUCUCACUUAGACCCACCAAAACCAACGUUUUAGGGACAUGUUUUUCUCUUUUUCUUGUUUCUUUAUCGUUUAAAUAUAAGGAAAAAAAAUAUGUAAUCUGUCUGCUAGCUGUAGGAACUGUUUGAUCGCGACGAUUUAGCUUUGCAAUACAGGCCAAUCUCUGGCCAAUCAGAAUUAAUUUAGCAGAUCACAUGUCGUCCAGGCUUCCCUACAUACGGUUGCAAUGUUUAGAAACUAACUGAUAACUUGUCUUGAUGGUACAGUUGAUGUGAGCCCUCAGAAGGGACUGCAAGCUAUCGUCUAUAGCUAAAUGUCGGUGGGUAUUAUGGUGGAAGAGAAACAAAUAAUAUAUAUAAAGGGCAUAAAUUCUUCUUUUCUUUUUUUUUUUUCUUCGCUGUUGAUUUAAUUGUCUAUUUACAUCUAAUGACUAUCAAAGAUACAGACGUGAUUAUUUUCCUUUUUUAACUUAGUUUUUGGUAAGACAAAAAAACAGUAAAUACUGCUAGUAAUAUUUUAUAUUUUUACAUAUAUUGGUUUUAUUCUGCGUUUUUUUAUUUAUAUGCCUCUUAGUUUGGAUGUAUUUUAAAUUGUGUUUUUUUUCUCGUUUCGUGUGAUUUCAUAUGUUCAGAAUGUGGAGAAAAUGCAUUUCAGUAUUUUUGAAUUGUUAAAAUCUAGUUUCAUAGACGCGCAAGUAUCUGAUGUUAUAUUAUAAAUUAUAUUUUAAUUCGUGUAAAUAGUUUAAAACAGAAGACUAUGACUUCCGUUUAAACUGAAUACAUUUCUCUUCAGAGAUUGUUUACAUUAAAAAAACUGUAGAAAUGUGCUCCUCAUAUACUGUAUAAAGUACAUAUAUUCAUUCAAUUGCCUCCAAAAAAUAAAACCCUAAUGAGCAAAGUUC